GUGUUGAUGAUACAGAGAAUAAAAUUACAGUAUAUUUUAGGUCAUAUUUGACGAUCACAAAUAUUAUUUAUGAAAUACUUGAAUUUAAUUUAAGUGAUAAUGAUAAUAAUAUAAACUUAUUAGAAGAUAAAUUGAGCACAUGGAAGAAACAAUUACCUCAUUAUUUAUCUAUUGAUGAAGCAAAAGGACUUGAUAAAGUUUAUGAUGAAACGACAAUCGAACAUCUUCGUAUUUAUCUUUGUAUUCUUUAUAAUUAUGCAAUGAUUAGGAUUCAUCAUCCAAAUAUUCCAUUCAAUAAUGUUAGCUUGAAUGCUUGUACAUUAGCAGCAAAUAAUAUUACAUCACUUGUUAAUGAACAAUUUGUUAAUGUGAUUAAUAGUAAGAAAUUUAUUAUUCAUUGCGCUUUAUAUGCAGGUUUCAUUCACAUUUAUAAUUUAAAAGAUCAAUUACGAUCCAAGGAUUCAAGAAGAAAUAUCGCAUUUACAAUAAAAUUUUUUCAAAAUAUUCUUAAUGUUCCAUCGUUACAUCAUACUCAUUAUAGUAUUAAGAAUUCGAUAGCAAUUUUUGCGGUACAAUUAGAAGAUAUGUCAGAAAUUGAAGAUUAUAUUAAUGAUAUAGUUAAAUCUGCAUUAGUUUUAAUAUCAGGAAAUUCUGGAAAUAAUUCUUCUUUAAAUGAAAGUCCUAUUUCAUCAACAAGUUCAAAUGAGGAGUCGAGGAAUAUUAAUAAUAACAAUAAUAAUAAUGUAAACAAUAUAAUGCAAGAUAAUUCACCUAUAAAUUUAGGAAUUAAAAAACUUAGUCCAAUACAGCAAUCAGCACAACCAGGAAUUAGUUUACUUGCACAAACUGCUGCUACUAGAUCACCACAUUUUGGUUCUUUAAAUCAUGGAUCUACUGGAUUACAACAAUCACAACAAAUGAAUCAACAAUCACAACAGCAGCAAACUCAAUCAAUUUUUGCAGCACCUACACCAUUAGAUCCACCAGUUACAAAUCCUGCUAAAAUUGAUAAUACGAAUACUUUAAUGUCAGAUAUUAAUUAUACAUCUGCUCAUUAUAUUCAUCAACAUUCCAAUCAACCUAGACAACAUGAUAAUAAUUCAACAUGGCAAUCGAAUUAUAAUAAUUAUCAGCCAUGGUCACAUCAUCAAACUCAGCCACAUCAAAAUGUUCAACAACAGAACACAAUUUCACCAACAGGAAAUGAGGCUCAAACGAUGAUGGUAAUAAAUAAUAGUCCGGUUACUACAACAUCACCGUUAAGAAUGACAUCUUCGAAUUCAUCGUCAUUAGCACCACUUUUAAUUGGAACAAGUAAUACAAAUACAACAUUUACUUCAGCACAAAUGCAUUUUCCUUAUCAAAAUUCCGCACUUCCAUCGAUGUCAUUUUUACAAUCACAAACAUAUCAGGCUUCUAAUAAUACCAGUGCACCGUCAACUAUUGGAAUUGGCGGAAAUUUUGUUGGUGGAAAUGAUAUAUCAACAGGACUUGCACCUAUGACAGGAAUGUUAGGAAAUAGUGGAGGAGUUACAAAUGGAAUGAUGUCAACAUCCGAAAACUCGGGUUCCAUGUUAAUUGAUAGUCAAGGUAAUUCUACGGGUGAUUUAGAUGCGCAGCAACAUCAUCAUCAUCAUCACCAUCAUCAAAAAAAAGUAUUCGGCUAUCCGUCGUAUUAAAUUA